AUGGAGAACAGCACUGUUCCCUUUUAUUUUAAUCUCACAAUGUUUGUGAACAUUGGUCAUUACCGCUAUCCAGCCUUUGUUUUUUGCCUCCUACUCUACAGCUUUAUUGUCUCUGCAAAUGUUGUCAUAAUUCUUGUGAUAUCUCGGGAGAGAACACUACAUGAGCCCAUGUAUAUGUUUAUUGCAUGUUUAUGUGUCAACUCUCUGUAUGGUUCUACCGGUUUCUUCCCCAGAUUCCUCGCAGACCUUCUGUCUGAUACUCAUAUGAUCUCACGUCCUGCUUGUUUCACUCAGAUCUUUGUUAUUUACACAUAUGCUUCCUAUGAAAUGACCAUUCUCAGUAUUAUGGCAUAUGAUAGAUAUAUUGCUGUAUGUCAUCCUUUACACUAUCACAGAAGGAUGACCACUAAAACAGUUGUUAAUUUGAUGGCACUGGCUUGGAUUUUUCCAAUCUUAAUUGUUCAAGCAUUAAUUUAUUUGUCUGCCCGGCUUCCUUUAUGUGGUAAUGAGAUACAAAAAGUGUUUUGUGCCAACUGGAAUAUUGUAAAAUUAUCAUGCGUUACCACUGUUGUCAACAACAUUGUAGGUCUGAUUUUGACUAUAACUAUAGCUUACAUUCCGCUUUUUUUCAUCCUGUACACCUAUUUGCAAAUUCUGGUUGUUUGCUGGAAAAGCUCAGAAGAAUUCAAAGGAAAAGUUUUCCAGAGCUGUCUGCCACAUGUUGUUUCAUUUGUGAUUUAUUCUACCACAGCGUUUUGUGAUGUUGCCUUGAGCCGGUUUGAUUUUGCAGAGAUGAAUCCAUUUGUGGCUAUUUUUCUGUCACUGGAGUUUGUCAUCAUUCCUCCUAUUCUGAAUCCUCUCGUGUAUGGCCAUAAAUUACCAGAAAUUAGAAAACACAUUUUAAGGAUGUUAUCAUGGGACAAAAUAAUCUCUUAA